ACUUCCCUGACGGGCCGGGUGUCGGAGGGACGCGGCCGCCGCGUGGCUCCCGACCAGCUCUCCGCAGCGCGCCCGCUUCGCCCAGCCCGCGCCCGCGCCCUGCACACGCUCACCCGGGGAAGAAGAUGGAGCCGCGCCGCGCCCGCGGGGUCCCCACGCUGCUGCUCUGCCUGGGUUUCCAUCUUCUGCAAGCUGUUCUCAGUACAACUGUGAUUCCUUCUUGUAUCCCAGGAGAGUCUGAGGAUAACUGCACAGCUUUAGUUCAGACAGAAGAUAAUCCACGCGUGGCUCAAGUGUCAAUAACAAAGUGUAGCUCUGACAUGAAUGGCUACUGUUUGCACGGACAGUGUAUCUACCUGGUAGACAUGAGUGAAAAUUACUGCAGGUGUGAAGUGGGUUACACUGGUGUCAGAUGCGAGCACUUCUUCUUAACCGUCCAACAACCUCUGAGCAAAGAGUAUGUGGCUUUGACCGUGAUUCUUGUUAUCUUGUUCCUCAUCAUAGUUGCUGGUUCCAUAUACUAUUUCUGCAGAUGGUACAGAAAUCGAAAAAGUAAAGAACCAAAGAAAGAAUAUGAAAGAGUGUCCUCAAGGGGUCCGGCUCUGCCACAAGUCUGAAUGGUGCCAUUAAGCUUCUGAUCAGGGGUGCACCGCACGCCUGGUUGUGUUAAUAUUCCUAUUUUAUUAAUAAUAUUUAUGUGGGGUCAUGUGUUAAGUCAACAGUGAUGUCUUUUUAAUAUGCUAAGAAAAGUUUUUAUGUUUUGUUUUAUUUUUGUCAGAUUAUUUGCUAAUAUGUAAUGUACACAAAUAUUUAAUAUGGAAAGAAAAUGGCUAUUUUUGUAAGAAAUCAUCUCCUGGGCUAAAUGCUUUAUUGAAAGCUUCAAAACUUCUUUGCCUGUUGCAUAAUACGUAGGCAUGAGCAGUGCCCAAUUCGUUGUUCAGGAAGUGUCAGCAAAUGACAGAUUUCUGUAAGCCUAAGUAUACAGUCAAAUCAACUUAAUAAGUAUUUUUUUUCUGCUUCUCCAAUCAAUGAGCAUUGGUUUGACUCUCUUAUAUUUGGUGUAUGUGUUGGCACCACUGUGCCAUGGAUUAUAACAGUAAUGCUAUGGCAACUAGGGAGAAGCAAAUAGAGAUUGUGGGCUAAACACUACACGUUUGAAACACACUAAACCGUGGGAGACUCUCCUCCCUCCAUGCACACCCUCACUGUGUAUCUGCUUGGAGGGAAAACACACCAUUUCCUAUUCUAGCCCAUGGCUUCUGCGGGUACUAGUCACCCACCUGACAGAGUCUCCUUAAGAAAAUGAAUUGAAAACUUAAUUUUCUACCAUCUUUUAUGUAGAGAGUAGCUAUCUUGCAGCUUUGCAGUGUUCUUUUUUUUUUUGAAAUGCAACAUUUAUGUGAGGUAACUGUGGCUCGUGAGACAAUUAAAAAAAAUCCACACAUGAAGCCAAAAUUUGUGCUUCCUUUUAAGAAUAUUUAUUUCCAUAGCAUAAAUAUUAGAAGAAUCCUAAGACUAAUCAUAGUCCAAAAUUUGAUGGACUAAUUAUUAUUUUAAAGGGUAGUAUAAGACAGUAAUUCUAUGUAUUGUCUAAAGGUGGAAACACAGCCAUUUCAUUUUCUAUAUAAGAGGGUUUUAACUUAAAACGAUGCAGGAGGUAGUUUCUUCAAGAAUUUUAAAUUAUAGACUUACAAUUAUAUCCCCAUAAAGGAAGUGGGGGAAAAAUGAAAAAUAAAUUACAGUGUAUUUUUCCAAGUGAAUAAAUUUGUUUUGAAUACUUUUAAAGUUUAGAGACUUAGUCACGCCUUCCUAUGGUGGCUGAGAUGAAACCUGGGCCUGUUCUCUCUCUUUAGCUUACAUUUUGGAAGAGACUUAAGUUUGUCUUGUGCUGAGAGCCUCCAGUCUCAGUGAGUUAAUAAGGAUAAUAAGGCAGCCACAUCAGGGCCACAGCUCUUCCCCCCUGCACCCCCCCCCCAACAGAGCUUGGGGGCCGCUGCCUCAAGGAGGCUCUCAGGAUCCCAGACUUGGUCAGGGAGAGUCUCUGCUUCUUUUACCGUUUUCCUGGUACAUGCUAAGGCGACAAAGAGAAAAUAACUGAUGCCUCACCUUUGAAGUGGCAGGUCCCAAGACUUGCCUUCUUAUGUAGCCCUGCCUUUUAGACCCUGGUGCAUUCACAGGACACUAGGAUCUGGCCCCUUACUAUCAGGAGAACAGCCAGAUAAAACAAAUAUAUAUGCAUACCUAUAAGUAUACAUGUAUGCUUAUAUACACAUUCAUAUGCAAACACAAGGACACAUGCGCUCAAUCAGUCGUAGAAUUAUAAUCAUCUGUUGCUCUGUCCACCAUAUAUAAAACUUUAAAAAUAAGAUAAAGAGAAAUAAAAUGAAACACAGUCAAUCUAAAAGGCUAGCUCUGUUUCCCGCGGAUACAGCUGAGGUCAAAUGUGCUCUGUAAGAAUACGUUUUACCUCCUACACAUACCUAUGGACGUAUACUGUUUGUAAAGGAAGUCUGCUUAUUCAGUGAUCCAUCAGUGAUCCUGAUUGCCUCAAAGAAAUGUAUUGACUAACCAAGAAGUCAGCUGCUCUCCGUUUAUUUUAUUACAAAAAGGGAGUCAUAUUGGUUCAUCGUAAGCAUCUCAAUUCAUAAUACACAGCUAAUUUUAAAUAAUUUGGGGUGUUUUUACUUUUAUGUUUUUAUUGUGUAAAAUGGUUUUUGUUUUUUUCCAUUAUAGCUGGUUUACCGUGGUCUGUCGAUUUUCUGCUGUACUGCAAGGUGACCCAGGCACACAUACAUAUAUACAUUCUUUUUCUCACAUUAUCCUCCAUCAUGCUCCAUCAUAAGUGACUAGAUACAGCUCCCAGUGUUAGAGAGCAGGAUCUCAUUGCUUAUCCAUUCCAAAGGCAAGAGUUUGCAUCUGUUAAUUUGGGGUGUUUUUAAACCUUUAUUUAAAAUGGUUAAAAAGGAGUUCCCAUCAUGGCGCAGUGGUUAACGAAUCCGACUAGGAACCAUGAGGUUGCGGGUUCGGUCCCUGCCCUUGCUCAGUGGGUUAACGAUCCGGCGUUGCCAUGAGCUGUGGUGUAGGUCGCAGAUGCGGCUCGGAUCCCAUGUUGCUGUGGCUCUGGCCUAGGCCAAUGGCUACAGCUCCGAUUCGACCCCUAGCCGGGAAACCUCCAUGUGCCGCGGGAGCGGCCCAAGAAAUAGCAAAAAGACAAAAUAAAUAAAAUGGUUAAAAAGCUGACCCCAGUAAAAGUUAAAUUUUUAUCCACAAAUGCCUACUAAAUAAUAAAAAGUUUUGACACAGAUUGCUUUUAUGAGUGAAAAGAAAUAAAAAUUUGUUUUAAUGAGGAUAAUGCUGAGCAAGCAUUAAAAAAAUGACUGCUCUCAGCUCACGUUUCCUACAAACAGUGGAACAUUUUUGGCUCAUGUUUAUCUUACAGAUUUCUCACUCUGUAUAUUUCUAGAAGGGGCUACAUAGAGCCAUUGCAUUGGGAACAAAUGCAAAUCCAAUCCAAUGCAAAAAUGCAUAAUUCGUGGCUUCCCACCAAGGGCAGACAAUAACCCCGGUGAUAGACUCUAACCAAAGGUAUAAAGUUCCUCACAUUUAAGAUUUGUGUAAUAUAUUAAACACUUAAAAUACCAGCAAAUGCUGCUGUUCUUUGGGACAUCCUUUUGCUCUUCUCUUCUGCCAAAGUCACAGCAAGAGGAGAGAUGGUAUAUGGCAGAUUUUUAUUUCUGUGUCCUUGUGAAGAGAAUUAGCUAAAUUCAACUGCCAUGAGGUAGCAAUCAAUUUUUACGUAGCAAAUCCAUGACACUAAUUUCUAAUUUCUGCUGAAUUCAAUAAUGCAGUCUGUGAUCCAUUUUGCCAUUUUUGCUACAGUAUUCAGUCUGUAAACUUCUGAGAAAAAUAUGUGUAAUUUGCUGCCCAAGGUUUUCUGAUUUUUUUUCUCUUACUCUUCUUCUUAUGGGGAAAGAGGGAGCAACGACUUGUAUAAGCAGUGUUGCUGGCGUACAUUUUGAAGAAUAAUCUUAUCUAAAACGUAUCUGUUAUUCAAACUGCAUAACGUUAAAUGUAAGAAUAGUGAACGUCUCUCUGCUCUUUUUUGCACUCUGUAAUUGCACUUUUUAAGUUUGAAGAGCCAUUUUGGUAUACAGUUUAUAUUAAAGAUGCUAUGGAACAUAAAGUUGUAUUACACACAGUUUAAAGUAACUUAUUUGACAAUGAAUUUUAUCAGCGUACUGAAUUGUAUCAAUUUGUUUGUGUUCAAUAUCAGCUUUGAUAAUUGUGUACCUUAAGAUAUUGAAGGAGAACGUAGAUAUUUUACAAGAUGUUAUUAAUUUUUAUUUAUUUUUUUGGAAACUGGAAAAAAGCACAAUUGAAAAAUAAAAAUGCAUUAAACACCUUG